CCAAAAUAAAAAUAUGGCGGGCUAAAAUUGUGUUCUAGAAUUCAAACUCGAGUUUAUCUUUUAAAAUAUUCAGGCAAAAGAGCUUGAAACGAUGCGUUUGAAUUGCGACGUUGCAGUUCAGAACUGGUCGAGUACUCAAGGCUUAGUAAGCAGACGAAAAGCAACAAGGGCGAGUAUUUCUAUUGGACUAAAAGCUGGUCGGAAUAGGGUCACGAGCGCGGAAAAUGACAACGGUGGCACAGCGUUUUUGUUGCUUUGUACAGCAAACAACAUGUCUGGCACGAAAUAUAAGGUAGAUAUAACACAAAAUGAUAGCUUCGUUUAGUAGUUUUUUAAUACAUGCUAUUAUUACAAUAGUACAAUCUCUAUUUGAGGCAUAAAUUCACUGCUAGUCAAUAGUCCAAUAGAUUUCUACGAGACGGGGGGAUAAACCCAUCAGGUAAAUUUCCAUCAACAGCAGGCACACUUUGCUUGGUUAAAUCCACCUAUUGAGAUCAAAAUUGUUUUGCAGAUACAUGGAAACAUUGCAAACAUUUUUGGAAAGUUUGUGCGAGAAGGAAAAGCAACCAUACGUUUCAAGCAGCCCACUCAUGAAUUAUGCCUAAGUAAGGUAAGUUGUAUCAAUAAGCCAUGAAUGGGCCCUUGGUGUGAUGCUUGGUACGAAAAUAUUGCCGUCUAGUGACAAUCAAAUGAUCAGAGCCUUCCAUUGGCUUGUCAUUGUUUUGAAAAUCCCACUGUUAUGGGCUUGUUACAGGCUUGAUGCAGACCAGGAGACCAUGAUACCUCAAUUUAGACCAUUAUGCAAAUUACAUUAAAUUUGAGCAAAAAAGGAUGUUUGCAGACUGAAUUUUGCAUCAAUGAAAGAUUCGGAAAAUAUAUGUUCACCAAAAUUUGCACCCCCAAAAUUAUGUUAAGUGUAUGCCACUGGCUCUAUUUGUCCCUUGGGCUUUGGUGCAGUUUAGCGGAACUCAAUUUACCACUGACUAGAACAACUCAUAAGCCAGUGAGUAGAUUAUUUAUGCAGGGGUUCUGCUAAAGUGCACUUGCCCUAUAUUUUUUAGGCCGAUCCACCAAGCUUGUACAAAUUUCUAACAACGCUGAAAUCCUCAACUAAGGACAACAAGAAUGUUAAACUGCCAGUCCUUACUGCAGUAAAACGAUCUGAUGUUCAAAAAGUUAAAACUGACUUAAUGAUAUAUGGGACUAAUGAAUAUCUAAAAGCCUCGGCCACAUUUCCACAGAGCUUACAGAAACUAAGUGUGGUUAACUGCCGAUUGAUACGGUUUGAUGUUCGCAUCCUUGCCCUGAAACAUCUUGUAGAACUAAAUUUGUCACAGAAUAAAUUAAAAGAAUUGGAUUUCUCUUUGGAACGCUUGAAAUUAUUAAAGACGCUCAAUUUAUCCUCAAAUCAAUUGACACGACUACCGUCAAAAAUUUGUCGCACAAGUAACUUAGUUACAUUAGAUUUGAGCAAUAAUGAGCUGUCGUGUCUUCCUGUUGCGUUGGGAGCAAUGACAUCACUUGUGAACAUGAGACUAAAUAACAAUCAACUCGCCUCGUUACCUAGUACUAUUGGGCAACUAACAAAUCUUCGAUCGCUAAACGUUGGUAACAAUCAACUUGUUGUAUUACCAUGGCCUGUAUCAUCGCAGUUAUGGCUAGAUGCAUUGGAUGUAUCUGGGAACAAUUUUGUAUCAGAAGACCACUAUACCUCUCACAAUUUCCUGAGUGAAACAUUACAAGAACGUGCUGGGAAGGCCAUCAGAAAGGACAGGUAACUAAUCAAUUAAUUUCUAUAGUAGCAACCACAAUUUGAAUAAAGUGAUUUCCCAUCUUUAAUCUACACUAGUCUUAAAGCUGCAGAUUGAAAUGUAUUCAAUUAUCUGAAAAAUACAAGUGGUGGGGGGUUUGACUGCCCCCCCCCCCCUCCCUCCCCUUAGUGUAUGCCACUGAUCCUUACCCUAUUGCUAAUUCUGACCCUGAAACACAGAUAAAAUUUGUUCAUUUUUCUUGUAAUUCUUACGUUUUCUGUUUUUUUGUUAGGGUAUAUUACAAUCAACAUAUGAUUGGAAGGUAUCUCUGUGAUUUUCUUGAUUCUGCUAAAUUAUGUUCAACAUGCCAACAGUGGUGUUUUGGUUGUAUUUAUGAGAUAUACAAGGAAAACCUACGAGGUUUGGCCCACGAGGUUACGUCAUCUGGUCAACAAUACAUUCCUCUAGAGGUGUACUUUUGUUCCUCAACGUGUGCUUAUUCUGUUACAGUAUGACUCAUGUCAAAUCUGUUAGGUAUAUGACACAAACAGAGCUCCACGGGCAUAGAACAGUAAUAAUUAUUUAAAACACUAUUUCAGUAGUAAUUACGUAAGAUGUCUAACAUAAUGUCCAAAACGUUAGCGCUGCAUGGACGCAGUUUGUUUAAAAAUUUGUAAAAAAAUAUUAUUGAAAUUUUAAUAAACCUAUAGAGUUUAAUAUCAGAGAGGUUCAGAUUUGAUUUAGUUCCACUACCGCUACAGUAAGACCCCGCGUAUAAGAACCUAGAUUUUUCAAGUUAGCCUAAACCAGUGGCCUAAACAGGUUCUUAUAUAAAUGGUGCUUAUCGCGAAAUUAGGCUAAACAGGUUCUUAAAUAGGUUCUUAUUUUCUGAAGAAAAAGCGACUCAUUUUCGGUUUGUGAAGGUACAGUUAUUUUUUGUUGAUGUGUUCAACAAACAGACAUGUUGUUUAUUAUGUUAUGACAUACCCGGUAUCCAGGAUUCCGACUUCUGGGUCAUUUUCAUUACUUUGUGAAGAGUUUUUAGUUUCAACUCUUUAGAGUUUAAAAACCUGUUUGAAUUUUAGCCUAAACAGGUUCUUAUAUAAAGGGGUCUAAACAAGCAAUUUUAACCAAUCAGAUGCGUUUGAUAUAUCCGAUUAGCCAAUCAGAUGCGUACUAAGCCAGUGAGAGGUAGUGGUAGCAGAAGUCAAAACCUCUCUAUUUUUGAGAUAACGUCUGUUAUUGUCACACUUAAUAAAAUGUAAGUUCUAGGAAUUAUCUGUGUGGACGCUUGUUUACUCAUAGUCAAUAGAAUAAGAUGGUCAGGAAACUCGACGCAGACAUAAUAGACAUCAUUUUCUAUGGUUUUGUUUUGGUUUAUGGAAAAAAUGGUCGAUUCGUCGUCGUGUGUGUAUUGUUUUUUUUUCGCCCAACCAACCAAUAUUUAGCAGUGUGUUGGUUUAAUUCGCGCUUCCCCUUAUUACGUUUUCGUAGCGCUUUGCAUUGUGGUUAUAGUGGUAUCACUGAUAAAGAUAGCGGCCUCGAAUGAAAAUAUUGAAUGUUUUCGGGAAUAUUUUGCUGUUGGCUAUCGCGUACGUGACCUUAGCUUUUUUAAAAAGUUCUUGAACGGGUCAGGACAAAAAAUAAGCCAUCUUGAAUAUCAGUGAUACCACUAUAACCACAAUGCAAAGCGCGACGAAAACGUAACAAGGGGAAUCGCGAAUUACCCAGUCGUGAUAUUACACAAAUCACAAUGAUUAAAU